AUGGUGUUGACCCAGUGUGUCCAUCAGGCUGUGCUGCUCUGAUAACAUGUCUCACUGUGGUAUUGGAUUGUAUUUGUUGUGUAUGUACACAUCAGACUGAAGUGGCUCAAUGUUUUGUUUGUUGAAGAUGGAUAUAAUCCAGUCCUAGUCAUUAAUAUCCCCCCCCCCCCCCCCCCACACGAAGUGGAAUGUCCCCCCCCCCCCCUCCACAUUUCAUUCUAAUCGACCAUAUUUACAGUCAAUUAUGCUUCAUGAUUAGUAACAGCUAGACACAAUUUUAAUAAGCACCCAUGUCUUGAUCCGGAGAAAUUCUAAACCAUACAAACGUUUAAUUGCCUUUUGAUUGCACACUGCAAGGUAUAAUUGAAUGGUUUAAUGAAUAGUUGAAUAGGUGUGUGGUCUCGCACAAAAAGAGUAAGGGCCCUAUAGAAAGUAACUAGGAUGUGGAUUUUGAUAUCUGCCAUAAUAAGACUAUAAUCUGCAUCAGUCACCAGUUAGUGCAGUCGCUCUCCUGAUCAUCUAUAUUUGCAAAGCUUGCUGACAAACAAGUCAACCUUUUCUUAAAAGUAAAAUGAUUUUCAUACCUAUCAUCUUUUCUCUGUAUCUCUGUAUCUCUUGUCUGUGUAUCAGGCCUGAUGUUUAUUUGUCUGGUUUUCUAAGCUGUUGUUUAUCUCCUGUGUCAGUUGAAGGCAGAUAAACUGAUGUGUUCAUCUCUCUCCCCUCUCUCGCUCCCCCCCCCCCCCCCCCCUUUUCUCUCUCUCUCUCUCUCUCUCUCCUCUCUCUCUCUCUCUCUCUCUCUCUCUCUCACUGAUACCUAGGUGUCAGAACUGGUUUGGUCCUGCUGUUUUUCUAAUGUGUUGUUCUCUCUCCUCUCUCUCCCAGGUGUCAGGUGUGUCUCCAGGGGAGAGGGAGAGCCAGGCUCCAGGUCUGCUGUUAGCUCCAGGGGUGAGGUGGGGACAGACACCCAUCAACCAGCUCACACCCUGGGAGACUGAUGAACCCCCUGCCAAACAGCAGCACAGAGACUGUGAACCCACAGGUACUGGCACACACAUGUAUACACGCACACAAACUCACACAAUACGCGACACACAUGCAUACACCACACAAACACACACACCUGCACGCAAUACUAGUUAUAGCAAUCAUAGUCUGUAUUAUUGUAAUAUUUUCCGAUUUAAACAAAUCAUCUAUUUGAGGUGGAUAUUUCAUGAGUAUAAAUGAGAAUGACAAUAAUGGUUUAAGUUUAGGAGCUGUAGAUGUUGAGAUCCUAUAGUAAUGAAGUGAACCCAGAAUGGCUGUGCCCUGCAGCAGUCAAUUUCCCUCUGUUACGCUGCUCUGCUGGCCUCUGCCUCUCACUCAUGGAGAAUAGGUCUAAUUUAAGAACAAUACACAAUGAUACAGCCACUGCACUUGCUCCAUUGGAACCUCUACUAUUAAUAUACUAUCAUACUAUAGACACUAUGAAUACGGUAUCGAAUGAUGUAUUCAAGAAACGCAAUGAAUAUUGUAUACUUCCAUAACAAAUAUCCCAUUUCCACAUUCCUAAUACUGUAGCGAGCAAUACAAUGAAUACUGUAUAUUCAAGCAAUACCCAUUAUAUACAAUACUGAGUAGUCAGUAUUCCAUGUCCGUCAUACUGUAGUUCUACAUUACUAACUCGACAUAUUAUCUGCUAACUGUAAUUGAAGCAGUGUCAAUAAAGAUUUCAAUAAUUAACCUGUCACAGCUAAGACACUGAUUAUGUAGACGCAGAGAAAUAAUACCUUUUUCAUGGAAAAUAAGUAUUUUAGCUCUUGUCAGCUGAGACUGCCAGUACAGGCUUUGCUACUACUAAAUAUCUAGUUUCUCAAAAAAAAACACUAAGACCUAUCAAAUGGAAAUACGUUUUGUGCUGUUGUCUAUUUGAGAUACGCCUCCACCACUUCUAAAUAUCUAGUUUCUCAAACGCAUAACUAAUACUUCUCCAAUUAAAAUAAGUCCUCUCUGCUCUUGUCUGUUCGAGAAUCUUUGCCACCACUAAAUGGCUUUGACCAAAAGCUUUGGCUAGUUUCUCCAACUUCUCACUGAGGACACUGUUCCUAUCGUGUUCUUCUUCUGGAGGUUGGGGGUCAGAGCAGUGCUCUCUGUCCCCUGGUAUGUUCUCUAAGGACCCUGCUGGGAGGGUAUAGAGGGGCGCACACACACACACACACACACACACACACAAAGAGAUACACACACACACACACAGUCCUCAGGGACCCUGCUGUGUGGGGUAUAGAGGUGGCUGAAUGGUCCAUGGAGCCCUGUGGUAUUAGUAAUGUGGCCAGACGACUGAGGCUUUGCCUACAAGCACGGACUGACACACACACACACACACACACACACACACACACACACACACCAGCCUCAACCACAGAGUGAGAUGUCACCCAUGCAGAAUGCUGCUGCAUAUGACACUCAAUCCAAGCAUAGUGUUGCAUAUUAAUAUGUGUGUGUGUGUGUGUGUGUGUGUGUGUGUGUGUGUGUGAAAACGUUUGGCAUCCGCAAUGAAACCAGCUCCGCACUUCGCUGAACUGAGUUGCAAGAAACUUCCCCUCCAACUCUGCCAGAAUGAAUCAAUGGUUUAAAUAGGAACUUCUCCGCAGUUGGUUGUUAUCAAUACGUUUCUGUUCGGAAAAGUUAACUUUUCGCUUAUGAGAAAGAUUAAAGGCUUUGAUUUCUGAAGCGUUGCCUCAGUCGGUAUGUUAACAAUUAGUGGUUGAUUGAGCAAUUCACCAAAUUGAAUAUAAUUCUUAUAAAAGGACCAAGGAGCACUUACGAAACAACCAAUAUUUCAUCCUCAUACAUUUAAAUGAUGGGGUACAAGAGAGCAAUCAGGAGAAGGGUUCCAUUUAAUGUUAAUGCAAUUACUUUUCCCUUCUUAAAUCUUUCAUUAGCUUUGCUGCAAGACGACUCGCAAAUGUGAGUGCAUGUUAGCCAUCGCUAAUGAGUUCCGUCUUGUUACUUCAUUGUAUAUUUUAGUCCAAAGACUGAUUGUAGUUCAGAAAAUGUACAGGAACUCAAGAUGGAGAACAGGGAGGAGAGAUACAUAUCAACUUGUAAUCAAUUCUGGCACCUCGUUGAAAUCCUACUAAUCAGGACAAAAUAAUAAUAUUAUAUUGGAUUUCUCUCUCAUUACUGGUUUUAAUCAAGUUUAGUAGGAAUGAAGUGGUAUAGUGCUGAGAUAGUUAGCCUGAGGAUGGAUGACCAUUAUGCACUGAGAUGCUCCUUCUCCCAGUCUAGCACAUCCUCUCUCUCUCUUCUCCUCUCUCUCCCUCUUCUCACCUCAGUCUUCUCUCGCCUCUCUCUCUCUCUCUCUUCUCUCUUCUUAUUCUCGUCUCUCUCCUCUCUGUUCUCGUCUCAUCCAUUCUCUCUCUAUUCUCUCCUCUCCUUCUCUCUCUUCUUUUUGGGCCUUUCCUUCCUCUCCUCUCUCUCCUUCCUCUCUUCUCUCUCUCUUCUUCCUCCUCUCCCCCUCCUCUUUCUCCUCUUCCCCUCUCUCUCUCUCCUGCUCUUUCUCCCCUCUCUCCUCUUUUCCUCUCUCUCUCUCCUCUCUCCCUCUCUCGUCUCUCUCUCCUCUCUCUCUCCUCCUCUUCUCCUCUCCUCCUCUUCUCUCUCUCCUCUCUCCUUCUCCCUCUCUCUCGUCUCUCUCUCUCUCUCUUCUUUUCUCGCCAUGUAGAACUACUUUAAUACAUAACUUAGCUAGCUACAUGGUAAACAGCUCUCAUCGCUGAGACCAUGGACUGAACGUGUUCCCUGUAGGCAUACUGUGUAUAUACACUGAGUAUACAAAUCGUUAAGGACACAUUCCUAAUAAUAUAUUGAGUUGCACCCUUUUGCCCUCAGAACAGCCUCAAUUCGUCUGGGCAUGGACUCUAUAAGGUGUCGUAAAGCGUUCCACAGGGAUGCUGGCCCAUGUUGACUCCAAUGCUUCCCACAGUUGUGUCAAGUUGGUUGGAUGUCCUUUGGCUGGUGGACCAUUCUUGAUACACAUGGGAAACUGCUGAGCAUGAAAAACCCAGCAGCGUUGCAGUUCUUGACACAAACCAGUGCACCUUGCACCUACUACCAUACCCCGUUCAAAGGCAAUUAAAUAUUUUGUCAUGCCCAUUCAACCUCUGAAUGGCACACAUAUAUAUGCAAUCCAUGUCUCAAGGUAAAAAAAAAAAAAAUCCUUCCUUAACCUGUCUCCUCCCCUUCAUCUACACUGAUUGAAAUGGAUUUAACAAGUGACAUAAAUAAGGGAUCAUAGCUUUCACCUGGAUUCACCUGGUCAGUCUAUGUCAUGGAAAGAGCAGGUGUUCUUAAUGUUUCGUACACUCAGUGUAUAUGUUCAAUGUGUUAACUGUAGGCCCCCUAUAUAUGUACAGUUAUUUGUGCAAUUUGUUCAGCUAUCUAAAAGGAUCAAGUAGACAAUGAUUUAUUGUAAUAAUAAGCAAAACUCUCUCUCUCUCCCUCCUUCCCCCUCUCUCUCCCUCCUUCACGCUCUGUCCCUCUCUCACCUUCCUUCUCUCUCUCUCUCUCCCUCCCUCCCUGUCUCUCUCUUUCUCCAGGUCCUCCAUGGGUACCUUCAGUAGCAGCAGUGACCAAGUCCAGUCUCCUGCCCCACUCCUAUCCCCUCCAGCCCCCCUCCUUCAGCCACAGUGUCACUGUCCAGUGCCCUAUCAUAGGUCUGACCCCCUCCAUCCAGUCACCCAUGCCCCUCCACCCCCACCCGCUCAUGACAGCCCACUUCCAGCUACCCCCGCACUCCACCGCCCACCAACCCCCCUCCAUGGUGCUCAGAAUGCCCUACCAGCCACCCUACCCCUUGGCCCAGCCCCCUGUCUUCUCCUCGCCCCUCUCCACCCCCUCAGGUGGCCCCAGGGGAGCGCACCCCAACCAACACAACCACAGAGUGAUGGGGAACGGUCAUCUGACGCCGCACCCCCCUCCUCACCAGUCUCACCCAACUCACCCUCUCAUACAGCCCCCCGCCCUGCCUCUGACCAAUGGGCAGUUGGCGCGGCUAGUUUCGCCUACUUCAGUAGCCAAUCAGGAUGGUCCUACAGGGCCCAAUGGGCUGCAGAUGCUGAGGACGGUGGGGAUGGGAAAGUACGAGUUCACAGACCCAGGACAUCCUAAAGGUAAGACAGACCCACUCUGACUGGGCAAGCCUGAAGUCACAUACACCAAAUGUAAGAUAGGCCCGCUACAACUGUAUUCUCCACUUAUUUUGUUUUUUACUGAGUAGGUUUUCUCAGCUAUAACUAAUCUUUUCUCUGGGUAAUGUGUGGUUUGUACAGGGAACAGCUUCUCUGGGUAG